AUGACUGAUAUAUCUCAAACAUGGGUUUGCGAGACUUUGGACGGUAUUGCUACUAAAUAUAUACGAAAAUGGCUCGAACUGCCAAUAUCUGCAACUCUAAGCAAUGUCUAUCUCCCUUACAACAAAUUUGGUUUAAAUGUCAUUCUACCUUCAACGAAGUUUAUACAGUGCCAAACUGUCUCACGCUCAGCUUUAAAGUCAUCGAUAAAUGAAAACAUACGUGAAUUAUGGUCAAUAACAAGCACCAAUAGGAACAUUCAGUACGACAUUUACUCAAACGCAAAAGAUGUAUUGAAGGCAUUUAGACAAAAAAACGAACAGCGACUACAAAAUAACCUAAUGUCACAAGGUUCUUUUUUCUCAAACAUCGUGAAAAACUCCACGUUGGCAUUCAAUUCCCUAUGGUCAUCGGUUCAUUCAAAACUUCCUAAGAACAUAUUUAACUUCAGUCUACGUUACAUCAACAAUUCUUUGCCUACUAGGAAAAACCUAGUUAAAUGGGGUCUGUCAUCAUCUGCUGACUGUCCGUUCUGCUUCUGCCCUGAAUCGCUUUUGCACGUAAUCUCUGGAUGUAAGACAUAUCUAAACGAAGGGAGAUAUACAUGGCGACAUAAUUCAGUUUUGAAUCUCGUUGCGUCCAGCCUUCUCGACGUCGAAAGGUCCAAAAUGUAUGUAGAUCUGCCUGGAUUUAUUAGCCCAUCUGUCAUCACUGGUGACGAGUUACGACCAGACCUUCUAUUGACAAUUGAAAAUAAGAUUUUGUACAUUCUUGAAUUAACUGUUGGAUUCGAAACAAACCUGAAAACUAACUCAGAUCGAAAACAUGAAAAAUCUUUAAGUCUAAUUACCGAUCAAGAAAAUAUAUUAAUGUAUCUAUAAGCUCUUUAGGUGUAUUUGGUGAAUCGACGAAUACUUUAUUUGGUUUGCUCCAUGAUCAGUCUGAAGUACGAUGAACAACGUAUUAAAUAUGUAAAAAAGAAAAUAAUUGCUACUUGUACUCGCAUGCACGUCUUAUUAUAUAUUCUGUAGACGAAACAAAGACUGGAACAACCCGGAACUUUUAAACUUUCAACUAAAUUUAAAAGAUUUUCACCUGUAUAUCUAUUUUAGUUUUAUGUGCUAUUUAAGCACGCGUAGGAGUGUUUUAUCACAUAUAAAACACGACGCGUAGCGGAGUGUUUUAUAUGUGAUAAAACACGACUACAAGUGCUUUAAAUAGCUUCAAAAACGACUCAUCUUAUACGAGUUCAUUGGCGAAGUAAUUUUUAAAAUAAACUUUGUCUAAACCGAGAAAGUCAAAGCUAAAGUUUAUGUAAAUUAACGUGAUUUUUUAUCACAUAUAAAACCACGACACGCUUAUGAUUUUUCUUUGUGUUUUGCUCCUGAAUUAUUAAUGAGUUUUUGAAAUUCAAUUCAAUAUCGUAAAUAUCUAAUAAAAAGUUUCCAUUAUUAUUAUUAUUAUUGCAAUAAUUAUAUAGUUCGCUUAAAUGUGGAAUAUAGUGUAACCAGAUUGCAUUUUUAAUUCAAGAGUUCUAUUAUGUAUAAUAGAGCAGGUUGUGAAGUAUUUUGUGCGUAUUUACGUGUUUGCUAAUAACUACUGCUAUUAUUAACUUCAUUUAUAGAGGCUAUCAUCGCGUUUAGGCAGAGUGUUUACGAGACACCAGAAGAUAGGAAUGCUUUGCUUGAAAUUGAACUUGCUUCUGGCAAGACUGCAAUUCCUGUGAUUGUGAGGUACGAACAAAACAUUUUUCCUUGCAUGAUAAGACAAGGAACAACCAUUUUGCCUAAUUUGUUUAUUUUGCUUGUACAAGCUGUUAGAACUCAGGUAAGUUGAUCAAUUCCACACGGGGCAAGCUCUAGUUAAUUUCGCUCGCAGGUCCCAGUCAUCGAAAUUGCAUUAUAUAAAACACAUGUCUUUGAGUCUCAAUUAAGUUUUGCACCGACAAUAGACCUUACCGUUUAUUUUAACCGUGGUUUAUUGCACUCUUGUCUCAAUUACCUCGUUUUCAUGUGGGUUUUAAUCCUCGUGUUUCGCAUACAAGAGCGAUAGGCUUGAAAUUAUAGGGUAAAAAUCAAAGAGAAAUACAUUCGUGCACGAACCAUGAGGACAUUUAAUUCAUCUUUAAGUGCGCCUGCCAUUCUAGAACAGGCGAACAGGGAACACAGGGCCCCUGACGCAAAAGUGCAAUAAACGGUAAGGUGUAAUAUUUGUUAUUUUAACAAGUCUUUAACAAAUAUGAAUGAACGAACGAAUGAAUGAUUUUAUUAAAGAGUGAAAAAUCCAUAAAGCGGUUUUUCAUUUUACACUCCGUUUACAGGUUAUAGUUAUUACAAAAUUAUUAUCUAUCUAAAAUUACGGUCAAAUUAAUUAAGUUACUAUUAAGUUACUAUUACGUUACUAUUAAGUUACUAUUAAGUUCAAAUUGGUCAAAAGACUAAUGUCUCAACAAUUUUCUCUUUAGUUUCUCAACUUCCCCAAACACAGCUGAUGCUAGAGAUUUUGUUCCGGAAAUAAAAAACGUGACAUUUGCACCAGGAGAAGCAGGACCAAAGCAAGUCUCAAUUGGAAUAAUUGAUGAUUCUUUGGUAGAGCCAACAGAAGAUUUCAAAGUCUCAAUGAGAAGUUCUGUUACCGCUGUGAAGGCAGGAGGCACAUCAGAUGUAAAGAUUCUAGAUAACGACGGUAACUGUGCCUCAUCUUGAUUCUCGGAGAUGCAUGAUACACAUGCAGUUUACAUGCAUUAGUAUUAGUUCAGGAUUUUGGUUAAGGCUUAUGAUCAAGCUAGAAAGUAAUAGCUAAGCUAGGACUGUGGAAAUAAGCUUUGACCGACGCAUAACGUCUCAAAUAUAUAGAUGGCAUGGACGUAGAGCGAGAAUUAGAGUCAGGAUUAAGGAAAGUGAAGUUAGUAUAAUGAAUGUAAUUAAAUUAAGUUCGCCUAAGAUAAAGGGUAUAGGAGUGUAAGGAUUAGGCAUAGUUUACGGGAGAGAACGCUGCAGUGAUUUACAUUAAUAUGAGAAUUGAGGCAUUCAUUCGUUUAUCUUUAAUGACUCACAGAAGUACUAAUCAGUUUCGUGGAAGGAAGUUACGAUGUGAAAGAAGAUGAAGAUGCUGUUAUUGAAGUUGAACUUUCUUCAGGAGAUAUUACAGAACCUGUGACUGUAACGUAAGAACCAAAUAUUUUCUGUUACGAAAGCUGAUCAAUAUCGUAAUAUUAUGGACAAUGGAAAUUCCCUAUUUUCGUAUAUUACUUUUAGACUGACUACUGAACCAUUAACUGCUGGAGACAAAGAUUAUGUUCCGAGGACAGUAAAUAUAACGUUUCAACCAGGAGAAACUGGACCCAAAUCAAUGACGAUACAGAUAAUAGACGAUCAUUUGGUUGAACCAACAGAAGAAUUUAAAGUUAACCUGGUUUCCUCAUCUGUACCCGGUGUCAGGCUGGGUGAACCUACCUCAGUUAAUAUACAUCUCCAAGACAAUGAUGGUAAAUAGUUCUCCCUUAGAGCAAAAAGACAUAAUUACUCGGCUAAACGUUGGCCGCAGUGAUAUAGCAAGAGGAAGGUCCUGUCCUCUCCCCCCGGUAAAAUAUUAGGCCCCCCUUGGAAAAAUUCUGACCAAUACAAACAUUGUAUAAAUUUUAUAUCUUCCUAUGUUUUAAAUGUUCUAAAUUCGUUUGUGAUUAGGUAGAGUUGUUAUUGGUUAAAUCGUAUUUAAAUCACCAAAACACAUCAAAAUAGAUAGGAGAGCAUGGCUGUCUAAAUACAUUUUCACAUAAUAGACAAACUUUAUUCCAACUAGCGCACCCCCCCCCCCCCUCUGGGAUUUCGCCCCUCCCCCCUUUUGACUAGAAAUCUUGGCCACGUCACUGGCUGGCCGAAGCCGCGUAACGUCUCUUUGCUACAAGGAAGGACUAGUACUGUUUACUAGGAAAAAAACCUUUGUAAAAGGGCACAGUAUAUUAUUAUAAGUAAUAGCAUGGCUUGAGGGAGAUUAGUGAUUAAAUGGCCCCGUAACCCGAGGCAGGUUUGCGGAAUUCCCGAGGGCGAAGCCCGAGGGAAUUCCGCAAACCUGCCGAGGGUAAGGGGUCAUUUAAUCACUAAUCUCCCGAAAAGCCAUGCUAUUAGUUUGUAAUAGCAUAGUUGCGCUCCCAUUUAAAAAUGGACAAACAUGCCCUACUUGGAAUCAGUGUAUUUAAGCUAAAACAUUUGUUUCAUUGCUUGUGGGAUGUAAAAGCUUGUUGCACAUGCGCACUUUUUACGCUUUAAUCGGUUACGCAUGCGCAAUCUAUCAUUUAACGUACCACAACAAAAACGCUAAAUAUAUUAGUAUAAAAUUGGAGACCGCACGAACGUAAUUUAAAUGAUGCGGCAACUCAGGGAUCGGAUGAUAGACUAUUGACGGCUCUGAGCUAACUGUUGCUGUUCCUUGCACGAUUAUGUGCGGUGAGGCACUUGCCUAAUGCGUAGUCGUCAGGGAGACAAAGGUGUGACCCUUGGUAACGGGUGAUUAGUUCUAAUCGCCCGCUCUAGCGGGCGAUUAGAACUAAUCGCCCGCUACAGCGGGCGAUUAGUUAGUAAUCGACCCUGUUGAAACAAAAGAAACCCGGGCAACUAUGCUAUUAAGUAAGUUAACAAUGAUUUGAGGCUCCAUUCAGACGGGACAGGAUUAAAUUCAUAACCGGACACAAAUUUGCACGAUUCUGCCUUUAAAACAGAACGAUUUCAAACAAAGCUUAGCCUCCGCUGCGUCGUUUGUCUGGCAAAAUUUUGAGGAGGCUAAGCACUGCAACAUGUGGAAAAACUGUACUGCAACAUGUGGAAAAACUGGCUAUUUAUUUGUCGAUGUCAUUUUUCACGAAAACUUGUUCUUUAAUAAUUAUUAAUUAAUUAAAAGAAAUGACACAUGACCUUAGACAAAUAAUGAAAAAUCGCAUUUGUGUUUUUCAAAAUAUUGUAAUAUCGCUCGUGUUUUUUUAUUAACUUAAUAUCUCUAUAGAACCGUGUUCUCAUACUAAUAGAACUUUGUAUUAUAAUAAUAUUAUAAUUUUCAGAUGCUAUUAUUGGCUUUACAAAAAGUGCUUACAAUGUGAUUGAGAGUGAAGAUGCUGAGAUUGAGAUUGGAUUUUCUUCAGGACAAGCGUCGCAUCCUGUAACUGUGACGUAAGUUUCUAAAAAAUUAUCUUGGUUACCUGCGCAAAUUAAGGGAUUGUGUUCCAACAUCGGUUAAUGCGAACGUUUUUGGAGCUAAAGACCACAGGGAUAGGCCAAUGAAUAUUGAUUGAAAUUGGAUUAAAAUUUGAUAAGGGCGUGUAGCCAAUAUGAUUUCAUAAUUCAUGCUUAGUUUAUGCAGUAAUAUGCACCAACGAGGCUCUCAUGCAUCAACGGUUCAGAAUUCUAACUGUAAUCAUAGUUGCAGCUUAGAAAGUUCUAAUUCAUCCCUGUUUCUGCUGUGUCCAUAUAUUUAAAAUCUGAACAAGUGAGAAACAGCAAAUUUUUAAUUCUUUCAAAAUUAAAGGUGUAUUGCUUAUUUAAUAUUAUUCUGACGAAUUAACCACUUGAUAAUUUUACCAUUUGUUUUGUAAUAGUAUUUAAUUUAAUAUAUGUAAUAAUGUAUCGCUGACAAUUUUGUCCUUCAUAAAAUUGUGUGAUGUUACGUUUAUCAACACCCCAGGCCACUUGGAAAAACAACUUCAUUUGAAGUGGCCAGCGAAGUAAAAUAAAGUUUAAUCCUAUCCUUCAUUUUUGGAAAUAUUUUAAUAAGUAUUGGACAGUUUCAUGAAGGUUUGUACAAUUUCGUAUGGAUCAAGUCAGCAAGAUACUGUAUGCAUGGUCUUUAAUAAUAGAAAACCAGCGGUUAACGUAAAUGCAAAUGUGAUCAAACAAUCUGCUGGCAGGCAUACAGUACUUUGGAUAUUUCAUUGCGUUGUAGACAAUAUUGGUUGAAUAUUUUGGCGGUUAACGUAAAACGUCUUUUUUUAAUUUUUCGCAUUUAAUGAAAGGUUGGAGACCGUUCCUGUGACUGCAUCAGAGAAUGACGAUUACAUUCCAAGAAGAGUAAAUGUAACCAUUGAACCCGGCAAAGGUAGAACGAGAACGGUUAAAUUCGACAUUGUUGAUGACAACUUGGUGGAGGCAACUGAAGAGUUCAAAGUUGCUGUGGUUUCCUCUUCAGUACCGGCAGUGACAUGGGGAGAUCCUUUGUCUGUGAAUAUCCUGGAUAAUGAUGGUAUUUAUGUUGUUUUUUACAGUUUGAUAGUUGCAGUAAUUGGUUUGAUUUGGUCGACAAUGCUCAGGAAAACUUGACUUGACAUACUUGAACAGUCCCCGGCCUGUAAGGGAGUGUGGUGUUAUUUAAAUAUGCCAUUGGCAUUCAGUCUCUUUUCUAGUGUUAUAAUGAUGCCAACAAUGAGCUAAACGAUGCCACUAUUUAAGCAAGGACAUCUCACCCGUCAUUCAUUCAAAUUGUCAUUUGCAAUUAUAAAUUCCCAUUCAGCUUCAAUCACAAAUUGAAUCCUGUUCACUUACGACAAUAUCGGCCCUACCUUAUAAUAUCCGUCUUUCCCAUGUUAGUAGUCUAGCUAGCUUCUAUACUGUCGAAUCAUUUCCAACCAUUCCUGAUCCUAUGCAUUCCCCUGUAUUUUCUUAUCACAUGACCAUACUGUACCAUCCUCAUUAUCUCGGUUAUCUUUUCUGGAUCUUUUUAUUCUUUAUUUGUCAUUACUUUCUUCAUUGAAUGUUCCCACUACAUAAAGAUUGAGCCACGAAGUUGUUCCGGGUAGUAAAGCAACACUGUUUAUAUAUUUAGCAAUGAGAGGAGCAAAGAGAAGAGCAAAAUAUUUUCCCCUUCCAUUGGAAUAACGUAUUCAAUAGUUUAAUACUUGCAUUCUUGUUUUUUUGUGCAACUGUAGAAGUCGUGGUUGGAUUCACAAAACCUGUGUAUGUGGCGAAAGAAGAUGAAAAGGCAACUGUAGAAGUACAACUUGCCUCGGGACAAUCUAGUAUCCCAAUUACUGUUCGGUAAGAACAAUUCUAAAUGUAAAUAUUGUACAUAGGCGUACGGGAGGAAAAAGUUAUGGGGGCAGAAAGAAAUUUUUGCAUAUUGCUGAACUUUUUUUCUUGGGGGAGGGGGGAGGUGUAGCCGGGGGCUUAUAAUAUUGUAUUUUUAUUGAAAUAAAGAUUUACGAGUUUUCGGAGAAGUCUAAUCUUUUCGUAAGCAAUUACUAACACAAACCGGCGCAAUAAAAAUACUCACCAAAUUUUUCCAGUUUAAAUACAUCAUAUUUUUUUUUCAAAUUGUGUCCUGUAAAACCAUAGGAUACAACCUGGAUGUAUGUUCAUAAAAUAGUUUUCCCAUCUUAGUAAUAAAAAGAAAUACAGUAUUGCCUAUGUGUAAACGUUUAGGCUUCAAAUGAGUCCUGUAACAGCUGGGUCGGGUGAUUAUUCUGGCGAGCCAAUAGAAAUUACGUUCCAGCCAGGCGAAACUGGUCCAAAAUCUAUCAACAUUGAUCUUGUUGAUGACCAAGUGCUAGAAGAUACGGAAAAAUUCACAGUUUUCCUGACAUCAUCUACUCCUGGAGUUAAAGUUGGUAAACCUGCUACUGUUCGUAUCUUGGACAAUGAAGGUGACUUUUAAUUUCUUGAUCAGUCGCAUUGGACGAAAUAUAAAAAACAUUCAUAUUACUAGGAUAGAUCGUGUUAAUCUAGCUAUCUCGUCUGAAUAGUUCCCUUGUGUGGAUUUAGAAUGUUUAUAGUAUACUCCAAGACAAAUAAUCUGUCAGCCAGGUAAUGCAUCUCGACGGGUAAUCUAUCGCACACAUGAUCCGUCAGAAGGAUGAUGCAUGUUAAUGGUGAUCCAUUUUAAAAAAAAUUGACCAUUGUCAGUCUGCUGCAUGCAGUAAUCCCACCAAAUUAACAUACACAAGUCAUUCAUAAGUCGUAAUUGGAGGUUUGUCAACCGAGAAUGAAUAGACUAAUUAAACGAUCAACUAGGAUUGAUGUGAUUGUUAAAUGGACCAACUAAUCAAGACAUUUACUUUGCUUUUUACGAUACACUAUGAUAACUAUUAUUAUUUAUUUUAGUUGCUCCGAUAUGUAACACUCCGCAAGAUGAUUGUCACAGAUAUGCCACAUGUACAGACACAGGUCCCGGGGAAUAUUCGUGUAAAUGUAACGAAGGAUACACUGGAGAUGGAAAAACCUGCAUAGGUUAGCAGCUAAAUAAAAUAUUAAAUUCAUGAAAAAUUGGUGGGAUAGAGACUCAAUCUGCCAAACGUGACAAAAAAUGCCAUUUAGCCAUACAUUAACAAAAAUUGACAAUACUACAGUACUAAGCUUCAGUGGCGUAGUCAGCCCGACGAUUCAGUCUCGCUAUGCAAAUAUUGCCAUGUUUAUAAACUAUCAACACAAUCAAUUUCUACUAAGAAAUGAAUAAUGAUGAGUUGAAAUUUGCAUAUAGCGAGACCAAAUCGUCGGGCUGGCUACGCCACUGCUAAGCUUUAUUGGACCUGUCCAUUACAAAGUCCAAUCUUAAUUCAGUUCCUAUAUUUGUAAUUGUCCUCACAAAUAAUGCUGUUUGAGGGAACAGUAUAUAAUUCGCAUUAAUUGUAUUAAAAAUUUACAUAUUUAUUUAUUUUGCAAAUAAAAUAAACGCGGUUUUUAAUUUACAAUUUGGAAGUUACAACUUUCAUCCUUUGGUUAUUUCACAGCAAUCAAUGUCUGCGAAACUGGUCAAGACGACUGUCAUAGUAAUGCGACGUGUAUAAGCACAGGUCCUGGGACCAACUUGUGUUCCUGUAAUGAAGGUUUCACAGGCGACGGGAAAACGUGUGCAAGUGAGUCUGCAACUAUUUUCUUGAUGUCCAAUAUGAAAUUAAAAAUUUUCUGGCGUGCAUGUACCUAUACGAAAAUUCUGUCCAAUUGGUUUAACCCUUCACAUUAGCCAUACCAUCUAAUAUUUUCCUUUCGACAGUGGAAUCUUGUGGAUUAAAUUAAUUCGUUGGCGAUUGUUCAUCUAUACAUUUACAAAUUGUAAUUUGCAAGGCGACGUUAUAUCUUCCUUAAUUAAUUUGGAAAACAUGUGAUAAACGCCAUCUGAUAUGACCACUAACUGACAUAUAUUCACCAUUUAACCUUCAGCAAAAUCUGAACUGAAUAUACCAAAUGAAACAUACUGCCCAGCUAUAAAAUAUAAAAAUAUGAGAGAAAAAAUCUAGAGAAAAAAUGUUUAGCUUAAUACCGAACCUCAUUUUCUUUAUACCUGAUAUAAUCUUGAACUGUCUGUGCCAGUGUAGGUAGUGCCAAUAAUAUAAACAUGCUUUCGUUGGUAGGGAGCAACUACCUGAAAAAUAUAAGGAAAAUUUCGACGUUUCGAGCGAAGGCUCUUCGUCUGGAGUUACUAUAGCGGGGGUCGGGAAAAUUACAUGAGCUUUUAUACUAAACAUAUAAAAGCGAUCACGUGACAAAAAAUAAACCAACCAGAUGGAUUUAAUAAAAAAAGUAUAAACAAAAAAUGUAAAUCACAUCACAGAACAUAUUAAUACAAAUAUACUGAAAACUACAGCAAAUACAACAAAAUAUAUGAAACAAGUAUGGAGUAAGGUAAGAAUUAAAAGCACUGUCAAUGUCUGCUUUUGACAGGCAAAGUCAGGGAAAAACGGGAAAAACUUGGAAGUGAGGCGCAUUUCAUGUAUUUUGCGGCCAUCGUUGCUUCCGUAAAUUGACAGUGGACUCGAAUUUCCAUAUCUGAAACAUUGUGAUUGACAGUAUUAAAAUGUCUGGCAACAGGCUGGUUAGCAUCAUUGCCAAUGACUGCACGCCGAUACUCACCAAACCUUGUCCUCAAAGGUCUUCCCCAAUAUCUAAAGCAUGCCACAUCUACUGAGUAGAAUUGAGUUGGGAGGAGGUGCACGUGAAAUGGUACUUGACAUGGUAUUGAGAUUUUGGUGCCAAAAUGGUGGUGGCACAAUCUAUGAAAUCACAGAUUUUUGCAUUUAGCAACCCGGCAAGGAAACGUGCCGUUCUAUACGCCCUACUUUCUUGAUUUUCCAAUAAACAUAAUGUUCAACUUUACUGAUACCUUAAUUGUUUAAAUUAUAUUAAAUAUGUCACAUCAUCUUUUGUCUUCCUUGACGAAAACGUUAGCCUUAAUUUCAAAUAAUAUUUUUGUAUAUAAUAGAGCUUCCUCCUGUCGCGGGGCAAUGUCGAAAGAUGGAUCUUAUCCUUGUGCUCGACAGAUCUGCAAGUAUCAAUAGGGAUGACUACGAACAUAUGCGCCAUUUCUUACUUAGUAUUGGCAAAUCAUUAAAAAUUGGCGAAAGAAAUAAAGACGGUGAGGUUAUUGGUCAAGGUGCUAUUGUUACAUUCAGCGAGGAGGGUACUCUGAGAAUCUCACUUAAAGAAAGUCAGUCACCUGGGAAGUUUGCUCAAGUUGUACAAACCAUGCCAGGUCCACUUCCAGGUGGUCGUACAAAAACCCACAAGGGUCUAGAUGUGGCUGAUAAAGAAGCCGUAACUAGCGAAGCUGGUUUGCGAAUAAAUGAUCCUAAGGUUGAAAAAAUCUUCAUGGUUAUCACAGAUGGAGAGCAGACUGUGGAAUCAAAAAAAAGAGGUUAGUAUAGGUUUUUCACAGUGCGUGUAUCGUAUAAAAUAAGUUGUAUAUCUCAUAUUCAGAAUCUAAUAUCUCAGUGAUGAUUAUAGGUUAUAAAUAUGUUGGGGAAGCUAUGAAACCAUUCCAUGAUCGUGGUUAUUUGAAUGUGUUUUCUGUUGGUGUCGGAUUGUCGGAUCAGAAAGGAAUUACUGAAGUCAGGGAUAUGGUGCGGAAGCCAGAAAAUGCAAUUCUUGCUGAAAAUUAUAAGGAGCUAAUAGCCACUGUGGAAAAAUUCAUUAGAAAAUUCUGCCCAG